CAAGGACGGCGACUCAAAGCAGGAAUGAGGCACCAGUCUGGCCCAGCCGGAGAGACCCCCUUCCCUGCCCCUGCCGCACAGGAUGGGGGCAGCUGACCCUUCCUCUCUCUGCAGGUGGCGCCGCUGCCGGAUGGGAGUGCCUGGGCACGUGCGUGUCGCAUGAGGUCGGCACAUGCACCAUGUCAUCAUGCGUCUCUAGCCAGCCCAGUAGCCACCGGGCCGCCCCCCAGGAUGAGCUGGGGGGCGGGGGCGGCAGCAGCAACAGCAGCGAAGGCCAGAAGCCCUGUGAAGCCCUGCGGGGCCUCUCGUCCCUGAGCAUCCAUCUGGGCAUGGAGUCCUUCAUCGUGGUCACUGAGUGCGAGCCGGCCUGCGCUGUGGACGGUGGCCUGGCCCGGGACCGGCCCCUAGAGGCCCCUGGCGGAGAGGUCCCCCGCGAUGUCUCCGGGUCCCAGGCCCGGCCCCACCUCUCCAGUCGCAAGCUCUCUCUGCAAGAGCGGUCCCUGCUGGAUGCGAAUGGGCGCUGCGUCUACCCGGCCCUGCCCCACUCGCCCGUGGGCUCUCCGCAGUCCUCGCCGCGGCUGCCCCGGAGGCCCACGGUGGAGUCGCACCACGUCUCCAUCACCGGGAUGCAGGACUGUGUACAGCUGAAUCAGUACACACUGAAGGACGAAAUUGGAAAGGGCUCCUAUGGCGUGGUCAAGCUGGCCUACAAUGAAAAUGACAAUACCUACUACGCGAUGAAGGUGCUGUCCAAAAAGAAACUGAUCCGACAGGCGGGCUUUCCACGUCGCCCCCCUCCCCGAGGGACCCGGCCAGCCCCCAGGGGCUGCAUCCAACCCAGGGGCCCCAUUGAGCAGGUGUACCAGGAAAUUGCCAUCCUCAAGAAGCUGGACCACCCCAACGUGGUGAAGCUGGUGGAGGUCCUGGACGACCCCAACGAGGACCAUCUGUACAUGGUGUUUGAACUGGUCAACCAAGGGCCUGUGAUGGAAGUGCCCACUCUCAAACCGCUUUCUGAAGACCAGGCUCGUUUCUAUUUCCAGGAUCUGAUCAAAGGCAUCGAGUACUUACACUACCAGAAGAUCAUCCACCGGGACAUCAAACCUUCCAACCUGCUGGUUGGAGAAGAUGGGCACGUCAAGAUUGCGGACUUUGGCGUGAGCAACGAGUUCAAGGGCAGCGACGCCCUCCUCUCUAACACCGUGGGCACUCCCGCCUUCAUGGCUCCUGAGUCGCUCUCAGAGACCCGAAAGAUCUUCUCUGGGAAGGCACUGGAUGUUUGGGCCAUGGGUGUGACGCUGUACUGCUUUGUGUUUGGCCAGUGCCCAUUCAUGGAUGAGCGGAUCAUGUGUUUACACAGUAAGAUCAAGAGUCAGGCCCUGGAAUUUCCAGAUCAGCCUGACGUAGCCGAGGACUUGAAGGACCUGAUCACCCGCAUGUUGGACAAGAACCCCGAGUCGAGGAUCGUGGUGCCUGAGAUCAAGCUGCACCCCUGGGUCACGAGGCACGGGGCGGAGCCGCUGCCAUCGGAGGAUGAGAACUGCACGCUGGUCGAGGUGACAGAAGAGGAGGUGGAGAAUUCGGUCAAACACAUACCCAGCCUGGCAACCGUGAUCCUGGUGAAGACCAUGAUACGAAAACGCUCCUUCGGGAACCCGUUUGAGGGCAGCCGGCGGGAGGACCGCUCGCUGUCAGUGCCUGGGAACCUGCUCAUCAAAAAACCAACCAGGGAGUGUGAGCCCCUGUCUGAGCCCAAGGUAAUGCCUGCCUGCCUGUGCCUUAGCCUUUGCCAGGGCCUGGGGGCGGGGGCAGCUGCAGAGCACGGGGCAUCCCCACCCAGGUGGACGUUCCUUCCAGCCCAGGCUGCUGUGCCCAGGCUCACCUUGGGCCUCCGGACCCAGGAAGAAAACGAAGGGCAUCCAGGGGCUGGGACCCGACGGCGGGUUGUGCAUGUGGGCUGGGGCUGCGGGUGCAUGGCGCUCCACCUGGAAUGCCUGUGAACUCACCCAGGCCUUAGACCCAGUCGGGCACCCACGUAUGCUCAGUGCACGUCAGUGGCAUUGAAGCUGUGGCACGGCUGAGGCAGCCCCUGCUCUGGGUCAGCGGUCAGAGCCUAGAUCGGGCAUGCUGCGCUCGGGGGCUCCCCGCUGGGGCUCUCCAGCAUCCACCCUUUCUUCUCUGAUGGGUGAAGACCUAGAAAAUAAGUCCCCUUCCAGCCUGUUGCAAAUGAGUGUGAGAGUCCCCUGCCUCUGGGGAGGAUCCGGACCUUUUCACCAGUCAGCUAGCCUCUUCCAAACACAUACCCAGCUCAGUAGUCCCAGCACCUCCCAGGACAGAUGAGAAUUUUUGUCCCCGCAAGACUGAGGUGACAAAUACUUGCACCCCUGCUGCCACUUGCCCCCAACCCCGUGCCUGUGGCAGGACGGCAGUCCCAGUACGCUGCGCGCUGAGCCCAGCUCACCACCUCAUUAUCAGCUGGGAGCUCCAGGCAGCCAUUUCUAAGUUUUAAAAGCAGCUUUAUUGAGCUAUAAAUCACAUACCCAUUUAGAGUGUAUAGUUCAAUAGUUUUUAAUAUAUUCACAAAGUUGUGCGACCAUCACCACAGUCAGUUUUAGAACGUUUCUAUUAGCCCAAGAAGAAACCCUGUACCCUUAGCUCUCACCACCCAACUCCCCCGUUCCACAGCCAGCAUGAAUCUACUGUCAGUUUCUAUAGAUUUGCAUAUUCUGGACAUUUCAUAUAAAUGGAAUCAUAUAGUAUGUGGCCUUUGUGUCUGGCUUCU